AGUUCCCUGAAAACCAACCACGAUGCGCCAAGCUCGUGCAUAUCCCAACCCUUGAACCUCCAUCCCUCUCCAUCCAGACAAACCUCCAAACUCUUCACAGAAAAAAGAAAAGAAGAACCUCUCUCCAGAACUUCAGAUCCUCCAAAGCUCCCCUCGACUGGUCGCGAACACUCUCCCCCGCUGGUCGCACUUUUCCUCUCUCCCACGGGCCUGAGAAAGGCCGUUUACAUACCCAGAAGGCUCAAACAGAGUCAACCUCUGCUGAGAAGUCCCAAGAUCUCCAUCUGCCCGGCCUAACGGCUUGCGCUGCGUGAGUCUCGGAACCUAUAGGUUUGCUUAAUUGCAAUACUUUCAACGAUACCCAUUCCGAACUCUUCGAGCAUUCAUAAUGCUGUCCAAUCCUAACAACAACCUUCACAACCGACAACGACAACACCGACGACAAAAUUCGACACCAGCGGCAUUCACCUCAGUGAAGGUACAGGACCUGCCCACCAUCCAGAGACAUGGCUCCCAUCGCCGUGGAAUGAGUCUGGACACUCGACAACGACAAACGCCCCAGCAGGACACAAAUACGGUAAGUACUACUAACACAGGAUAUCAGACGACACCACAGCAUAUAUUGCGAGAAACGCAGCAGCAAAGACUGGCACGCCCGGGCCAACAAUUCGCACGAUUUGACAACGACGAGAAUUACCUCAACUCGCCGAUCGCCACACCUCACAGACAAUCUUUUGAUGCCAGUUGUACAGCACAAUAUGGGGAGCGGCCCCCUCAGUACAUGUACAAUGGACCGAUCAAUACGGCAAUCAAUGUCGACCCCAGUUUCUCUGGGGGCCACGACUUCAAUAUGUUUCCAUCGGACGGGAACUUGACUCCAUCUGCAUUCUUGGAUUUCUCGGCCACAUUCGAAAAUGGGAACGGGAUGCAGAACAGCGAGAGCAACAGUAGAAGGUCUUCAAGGAGAAUCAGUGGUGGUAUCGUGGAUAGGGUUGCUCAGUUUGAGAGCCUAGCCUUGAGAACACACCAAAGACCGAUUACACCCCCGAAUCAGAAUGUUCAGAGCUACUUCCCACCUACGCCUGUUGACACCCCGUACCAUAGCGGGGUUAAACAAGAGCAGACAAAUGCGCGAUUCCUUGACGACUACGAUACAUCCAUGGAAGAGACUAUCAAACCGAGGCGUAACCAACGGGCUAGGGGAGUGUUUGAGGAUAUGAGGAAGCAGUCGGAGUUGAAUUCCAUGCCCAAUCGACCUCGAAGUGGAACAAUGCAAUCCUCGAAUGGGUUCGACUCUGCUCCCAUGCCAGGCCGACCUCGAAGUGGAACAAUGCAAUCCUCAAAUGGCUUCGACCCUGCUACCAUGCCCAACGGAAACUUCGCGGACAUGUCAAAUUUGAGUAUAGGGUCCAUCAAACAGGAACAAUUCGAUGGGACCCAAUAUUCUCCAGUCUCUUCUGAAUUCUCCCAUACUCUGUCAUACCAAUCAUCUCCAGAAGUUCGACAUAUGGAAAUGCUCAGAGACCCAUUUGUCAACCAGCAAGCGCCCAUGAUGUAUCCAGAGCCUCCUACGGCUCAUGGUCUCCCAACCGCCUCUCCAGCUCCAGCACCAUAUCGACGAUCCGAGUCAGUGUCAAGUAUCAACCUCGAGGAGACGAUCACCGAGACUGGAAUCACCAUCGAUGACAUUGCUACCUUCAUUUCUGGGCCAGAUCCCGCCGAUGGCAGGUGGCUAUGCUUAUACCCUGAUUGCGGGAAGCGCUUUGGCCGGAAGGAAAACAUCAAAUCACACGUCCAAACGCACCUUGGAGAUCGACAGUUCCAAUGCCCUCAUUGCAAGAAAUGUUUCGUCCGCCAACAUGAUCUCAAGCGCCAUGCCAAGAUCCACAGUGGGAUCAAACCAUACCCAUGUCAAUGCGGCAACAGCUUUGCCAGACACGAUGCUCUCACUCGCCACAGACAACGCGGCAUGUGUAUUGGUGCCUUUGAGGGGGUAGUCAAGAAGAACGUCAAACGUGGACGACCUCGCAAGAACCGGCCGGACAAUGAAGAGCGCCUAGCAAAAUCUUCUCGAACCCGAAGCAAGAAUAAGUCAGUGUCUUCGGUCUCUUCAACCACCGGCUCCGAAAGCACAUCGGCCCACUCUCCUCGCAGUGACCUGGACGACAUCCUCGACGGCAAGCCAUUUGGUGACUACGACUAUAGCCGGACUCCGUCAGUGGCAGACAAUGGCUUCCUGCAGGCCCGAUCUCCAAUACCCGACUACGUGUCCCCUCAGGCAAUCCAGGGUGCUCACUCGCCAUCUGCCUUCAGUACUCACUCCACCAUCCACUCACAUCGCAGCUCUGUCGCCAGUAUCUCUGAGCACCUCCCCUCGCAUCCUGCCACACCAGCCAAAUCCGUGCACAGCCAAUACCACUCCCCUCCCGGGCUCUGUGACUCGUCGUCCUCGCCGGCCCCAUCGCACUACUAUGACUUCGACAACACCCCGACCCAUGGCGAGUUUAAAGACUUGGCGACGCUGGGCAACAUUACGGAGCACGACGAUGAGUUGUUCCUGGAGGCUUUCGCAUCGCAGAGCGGGCACGACGGGAUCACGCAGCUCGAGCGCGAACCGGACCUCUUGAUGGGGAAGUUCGAAGAUGCCUUUGGCGGUGGUCGAGGAGACGACCUCUUCCGCACCGGGGCCCAGGAUGACAUUUUCUUUGGCAGUCCCUAA